AUGCUCGUCAACCCAGAGGCGAAUGGAAGUACUCGUUAUGAGGCUGCAUCCACCCUCCUCUCAAUUUCGAACUACUACCUCAACGUUUACACUUGGCUCGGAUGUGUCCUCACUGUAUGCAUCUGUGUCUACGUAACGGUGUCGGUCGCAUCUAGUUUCAAGGCUUCUAAGGAUCUUCAUCGGCGCAUGCUUGCUCGAGUUCUGCGCGCGCCCUGCUACUUUUUUGAUACGACGCCACAGGGUCGCAUCCUCAAUCGCUUCAGUUUUGACAUUGACAAUAUCGAUCACAAUCUGCCGCAUGCCAUCACGGAGGUCUUCUCCUACGUCGUGGAUACCAUUGUCACCCUGGUGGUCGUCUUUAUCACAAUUAGACCCUGGUACUUCAGCCUGGGCAGUUUGGUAGUCUUCUUCGCUCUCUAUAUCUCCAUCCAGAUGUUCUAUCUGCCCAUCUCUCGACAGUCUCGCCGUCUGAACUCCAGCACUAGGUCACCCCUGCUGGCACACUGCAGCGAAACUGCCGCCUCCAUGCUCGGAGCAUCGGUUGUGCGUGCGCACGGCAAGGUGGAGGAUUUUGUGGCGACUGCUGAUCGACUGAUUGACAACAAUGCUCUCUUCGUCUUCAUACGAUCCGUCUCUAAUCGUUGGCUAGACUUCCGUCUUGAUGUGAGUCUCCCCCAUUUCUCUUCCGGCCCUCGUUUCCAUUAUCGCGCAAGUCUUGAUAAUUCUAAUCAUACCAGUGAAUUCCUGCGGACAGAAAUGCUGAAUUGUCUGUUCUUGACAUUUACGGCCGCCCUCACGGUAGCCAUGCGCGGGCAAAUGCCACCCGGCAUGGCCGGCUUCCUCAUCUCCUACGUUCUGGCCGUCCCGGAGUCUCUGUCCUGGCUAGUAAAGAUGACUGCUCAAAUGGAGAGCAGUGCUGUUGCCAUCGAAAGGGUCAAGGAGUACAUGGAGGUUCGCCUUAACUUGUGA